AUGCACGAAACAAUCACGCAGUAUGGACGCCGUCGAAUGAUGACGAUCUCAUGGGAUAUAACCCAGGAAGAGUUGAAGUGCUGCGGAGUGGACAGUUUUGCUGAUUGGCGUAAUCGCAUACCGGAUUCAUGCUGCUUGGAGGAUCACGAUGGUCGAAAGCGACCUUGUCAGGAGCUUCAAACAUCUGUAACUAUUUUCAGAAGUGGAUGUUUCAAUGCUGUCUCUAAAGAGCUUCUACGGAAUGCCAGCAUUUUGGGUGGGGCAGGAUUGGGACUGGCAUUCGUGAUGAUUCCGGGCAUCGUGCUGGCUUACUAUAUGCUAACUACCCUCUGA